AUGUCGAAUAUUAAAUCUUUCCUAGGCGAAGGUAUCUUCGUGCCACCCGACCACCCAACACUGAGCAUGUCGACCGAUGCCAAUUUCAUGGAGAUCAAGCGUCCAUUGCGCAUCAAGUCCGAUCCCUCCAAUCCUAACGCUACCUCGAUCGGCUCGCACGGUGGUGGUCGCGGGCCCAAGCCAACCAAGUUUAUUCUUGUCGACGGCACGACUAACUUCAAGCCUGAGUACUGGUCGCGACUGGUGGCUGUCUUUACGACUGGCCAGACGUGGCAGUUCAAGUCUUAUAAGUGGUCUUCGCCGCCGGAGCUCUUCAAGCAUGCGACGGGUAUCUAUGUUGGCUGGCGUGGCGAGGAGACCCCUCCGUCCGUGAAGGGAUGGGGUCGUGGCGUGAAUAGUUUCGCUGUCGAGCGGUGGGAUGAGAAGGGUGGGGUCCAGGGUUCUGGACGUUGGCGGGAUCGUGAGGUUGUUGAGGGUAUUUGGACGGCUAUUGAGGAGGGCAUGAAGCUUCGUGGUUGGGGAUCCAAGUAA